UGGUGAUUAUGAACUUCCUUGAAUGAAGUCUGAGGACUGUAGGAAUAUUGUUCAAUGAAAAACUUAAAGCCCAAGUUAUUACAAAUUCAAUGAUUGUCCAAGUCCCUUGAUGUCUUCUAGAGGUAAAUCAUCCUUCAAAAGCCUCCUUCCAAAACUAAGCUUCAAAUUUCGGAAUACUACUUCAGAGAUAGAGAAGGCCGCAAUCCUAGCUUUGGGAGAUUCACUAGCAGGGACGCGGGGUAAGCCUCUGAUUCGAAGGACACUAUCCCUUACAAAACUUUUCACACCCAAGAUGAAAAGAACUUCAUCUUUACCUGUUACCCCAAUUAUACACUCAAAUCCGGAGUCUAUGCAUGGAGGGAACACAGUCGAAGCUAAAAAUAGGACUCAGCUUCCUAUUCAUCGUUCACGGUCCGUUCCUUCUUUAAUCAAAGAAGGAAGCGUAAGGCAGAUUGAUCCAUUAAGCGGUGUAUUUCGCGUGGUUCCCACUACUCCGCGAGUGGCAGAAGGAAUGCUCACAACAUCGACCACAGCUCCAACAAAUGAUGUUGAUGGAAAUGCUGAUGUUGAUGAAGACAUUCCCGAAGAAGCAGCUGUUUGUAGGAUCUGCUUGGUUGAACUUGGGGAGGGCGGUGACACCCUUAAGAUGGAAUGUAGCUGCAAAGGCGAGCUCGCAUUGGCUCACCAAGAAUGUGCUGUAAAAUGGUUCAGCAUCAAAGGUAACAAGAUGUGUGACGUGUGCAAACAAGAGGUUCAGAACCUACCUGUCACCCUUUUACGGAUUCAAAAUGCUCAGUCACAUAACUUGCGAGGAAAUAGAGCUCGGCAAGCUGAAAUUGCUCAAUACAGGUUAUGAAGAUGGGAUCGGGUGCAAUUGCCAUAUCCCUGCCAUUUUCCUGUAUAUUGGGUCUCUUUGCCUCCAUAACUUCAGCAACUAUGGUGAGGAGAAAAUUUGCCUGGUUAUAUGCAAUUGUUCAGUUUGGGCUGG